AUGGUUAAUUGGAGAAUGCCUGGUUUCUAUGGAUUUCCUGAGCGCAAUCGUAGAUACCUCUCUUGGGAUUUACUUCGCCAACUUUCUCAACGAUCAGACAUACCUUGGGUUUUGAUAGGCAACUUUAAUGACUUAUUGGCUGCGCAUGAAAAGGAAAGGCAUUUGGGCUAUGUUGGGAGUAAAUUCAGGUGGGAAAGAGGCAAUAAUGAAGAUGGCUGGGUUCGAGAAAGGUUAGAUCAUUCGUUAGCUUUUGUUUCUUGGAGGAAUCAGUUUGCAAAUGCUAAAGUGUUUCACCUUGAUACUGGUUGCUCUGAUCACGUUCCUUUAUUCUUGAAUAUUGGCAUUAGUUUUGUUCAGUAUAGGGUUAAGCGCUUCCAUUUUGAGAACGCCUGGAUUCGUGAAUCUGAUUGUCGCCAAAGAGUAGAGUUAAGUUGGCUCAGAGGACUGGAUAUUAAAUCUCAGAUUGCCUGUUGUACUCAUUAUCUUUAUGUGUGGGCUGAGACUCCUCGAAAGCAGUUUAAAGAGCGCAAGGAUGUUACUCGGGCUUGCUUACGUUGCUUGAAUGAUGGGGCUCCUUUACCGGGUUCUAAUGACACUGCUAUAGUGCUGAUCCCUAAAAAGAAAUCACCUGAAGUUGUUGCCGAUGUACGACCAAUUUCUUUGUGUAAUAUUAUCGACAAAAUAGUUACCAAAGCAUUGGCAAAUAGUAUGAAAGGACUACUCUCAAAUUUGAUUUCUGAGAUUCAAAGUGCUUUUGUGCCUCGUCGUUUGAAAAUGGACAAUGUGAUGAUCGCGUUUGAGUUAUUACACUAUUUGAAGAGGAGGUCACAGGGUAAGAAUAGUUUAGUAGCUCUUAAAACUGAUAUGUCGAAGUUAUGGUGGAGAAGCUUAUGUCCGAUAAUUCCUAAGAGGGGGUUGAGGCAAAAGGACCCUUUGUCCCCUUAUUUAUUCAUUAUUUGUGCUGAAGGACUCUCAGCUUUAUUGAGGAAUUGUGAGCAGAAUGGCUUCCUUCAUGGUUUUCGUGUAACAACGGGUGCUCCAUCAGUUUCUCUUUUAUUUUUAGCCGACAAUGCUUUUUAUUUUUUUAAAGCCUCUAAAGCUAAAGCUGAUAUUGUUAAAAGUUGCUUACAUACUUAUGAGAAGGCUUCUGGGGAACAAGUUAAUUUACAAAAAUCUGUUGUUUCCUUUAGUCCUCAUACCACUUCUUCUGUGAAGAUGGAAAUUUGUGCAGCCUUGGGAGUUCAGCAAACAGAUUGGCUUGGCGACUAUCUGGUUUUGCCUUCAUUGAUUGGUCGGAAGAAGAAGAAAUCUUUGAUUUUGUUGUUGAUAAUGUGUGGAAGAGAAUGCAAGGCUGGAAGAGAAAGCUUCUCUCAAAAUCAGACUGGUAGUCGGUGGAUGAGUUGGAAGCGCAUGUGUCAUCAUAAGGAUGCAGGGGGUUUGGGUUUCCAUAGGCUAUGUAAGUUUAACCUUGCCCUUCUAGCUAAGCAAGGCUGGCGCCUCUUGUCUUUCCUACAAUCUCUUGUUGCAAGAAUCUACAAAGCUCGGUACUAUCUUUCUUAUACUUUUCUUGAGGCGAAUGUUGGUCAUAAUCCAAGCUUCAUUUGGCGCAGUGUUUGGGCUUGUCAAUCUGUUCUCAAAUUGGGUUGUGUGCGCAGGAUAGGUAAUGGGGUUGAUACAAGGAUUUGGGGGGAUCCAUGGCUUGCUAAUGUGUCUUUCCCUUAUAUUCGGACGCCAAAUACCUCGAGGAUGGAUGAUGUGUGUGCUUGUGAUUUAAUGUUGCGGAAUCCUCGGUCUUGGAAUUUGAAUUUACUAUCUAGCAUUUUUAAUGAUCAUGAUUUGUCUCUCAUUUGCAACAUUCCAUUAGUUUCUAGAGAAUGCCUUGAUUGUUGGUAUUGGAAGUGGGAUAGGAAGGGUGUGUAUUCGAUAUUCCCCCAAAGGCGAAAUCUUUUAUGGAGAGCAAUUAUGAAUGUGUUGCCUACAAUGGAUAAUUUGUUAACAAGGGUGGAUGUGUCAAGUGUGGCUACGUAUCCUUUAGAUCUUUUCACACUGUUGCAGAUUGGUUACAACAUGUUUUGCAUUUAUCUGAUAUUGAGAAUUACUGUGUUGCGGCAGGAUGUUGUUACUAUCAAAUGGAAGCCGCCUGAUGUGGGUUAUGUCAAAUGCAAAUUUGAUACUGUGUUGAAUCACUCUUCUCGAACUGCUGGGUAUGGCGCAGUCAUUCAGAAUUCAGAUGGACAAUGGGUUAUGGGUAAAGCUACUCGUCUUGUGCGUACCUCUGAUCCUAUUCUUGCCGAAGCUCUUGGAUUCAAAGAGGUUCUCAGUUGGCUAAAAGGCCUUGCUUUAUCAAAUGUGCAGGUGGAGUCGGAUUGUCUUCAAGUGGUGAAUGCUAUUCAUGGGUCCUUACUGGAUUUUUCUUAUUUUGGCUUGCUUAUUAAUGAUGGUAAAGCUCUUUUGCAAGAGCUAGUGAAUGUGUCUAUUACUUUCAUUAAGCAAUCAGCAAAUCAGUCAGCCCAUACUACUGUUAGGUUGGCUCUUUCUUUGUGUGAUGCUGCUCAAUGGGGAUCUAUUCCCCCAUUGUUCUUAGAGGAUGUACUCCGGUUUGAUUUAAGUAAUAUAUGA